AUGACGCAAGAAGCCGGAAUGAGCUAUAACCUAUGCGACCGAUGUCCAUGGCCCCCCAAAUCCGGACGUGACAGGGGCGAUGCGAAGGGCAUAUCCGGUGGGUCGAUAGCACUUAGCGUAUUUCCGCUCUUAGCCAUCAUCCCGUUGAAGAUAUCCCAUUACAGGCCUCCGAAGAUUAUGGCCGCCAUCUUACUCAGUGCGGUCGACGUUCGUUUUGGAAUUACGAUGAGUGACUUCUUGAAGUUGAGAUGA